AUAUCUGGAAUAUUCUGCAUAUUAUUUGUUUUAUUAUUAAUAAUAAUUUCAAUAUUAAGAUUUGUUUUGAUAAAAUUUAAUUUUAAUUUUUAAUUGUGUAAUAGAAAAUACAAUGAAUUUAGUGAUCAAAUUGUGUUUGAUUUUAAUAUUUUUAAUAAAUCUAAACUAUCGGUGCAGUGAUGGUGUUGAACGUCAAGCGGAGAUACUUAGAGGAGUUACUAUAAGAAACUGGCCAUACGCUGACCGGUUGAGCGGCAAAUACGAAGGCUAUGUGGUUGACCUGAUGAACGAAAUUGCAGAUAUUAUUGGCUUUGAAUAUAGACUCUACUUCUCGCCCGACGGUAAAUACGGUGUCAUUCAAGACAACCGCAUCAAUGGUAUGAUUGGUGAAGUCUAUAAUAAUAGAGCCGACUUUGCCAUCGCUGAUAUCACUGUAACUGAUCCUCGCAAACGAUUUGUUGAUUUUACCGAACCGUUUAUGGAGAACGACAUCGCAAUACUGGUAAACAAGAAGAAUGUCGGAAACAUACGUUCCUUCAAAGAUCUAUCCGAUUCAGACCUGGCUUACGGAACCUAUCGAUCGGGUAGUACUCACCACUUAUUCUCGCAAUCAACCGAUCCGGUGCUUCACAAGGUGUACAGUCAGAUGGAAAAACAUCCCGAUUGGAUGGCCAGUAAUGCCAAAGAGGGUGUCGAUAAAGUCAACUCAACAAAGUAUGCUUUCAUAGUUGAGGGCAGUUUUGCAGAGUUCCUAACUGGACUCUACUGUGACCUGACCUACAUUCAGGACAAAAAACAAUACUCUCCCCGACAGUACGCUAUAGCCAUGCAAAAAGACAGUCCGUAUACGGCUAGGUUUAAUUCAGCCAUCAAAAAACUCAAACAAAACGGCCGGUUAGCUCAGAUUAAAGCCCGAUAUUGGAAGGACAGGUGUGAGGAUGAGAGUAAAACAACCAAUAAUAAUGAUAAUAAUAGACAACUAAAAAAUGAUAACCUUGUAGCCCAACGACCCCCCAAAGGACCAGAAAUCAAAUUAGCUGACAGUUCUAGCUAUACUGUGUCCGGUACUGUCCACCGACCGGUGCUCAUAACAAGUGCCAAAGUUAUUGUUGCUUUUAUAUUGUUAAUGGCUGUGAUUGUCUAUUAAAAAAUUAUAUAUAUAUAUAAUUUUCAGCUGAUUUUUUAAUGUAUUUGUUUAUAUAUUAUCAGUUUUCACAGAUUACAACAAA